GAGCUGUGGCAUAAGUCAAGUAGUGCUCAAGGCAGCAAACACCUGCAAGUGAAGCUUUUGCCCCACCAGCAGCAGUGCCGACAGUCAUACCACAACCUACACUGCUACCGAGAUACCGAUCGACGCAAGUCCCCUACUAGAAGGUCAUCGAUGGACGGACAAGCUUUGGCUAACCAACGAUGUCUCGCACGUCCGUUCGAACGUUUCUUGUCACAGCAAAGCGGCAUCUACAAUCAAGCCUGCAUGACCAAGGCAAAGGCACCGCAUCCUUCGUGAUAGGCAACGAAAGCGCAGACCUGGACUCCAUAACCUGUGCUUUAGUGUACGCCUACAUCCACUCCUGCAAGCCAGAAGCUCGACAAGCGAACCAUGUUGUGCUGCCGGUCAUCAACAUCCCAUCCGCAGACCUACGCCUCCGUCCUGAGCUCACUGCACUUCUUCGCCACGCGGACGUCAACCCCUCCGAUCUAAUUAGCCUGGACGACCUUGGGACACUUCCUCUUCCUCUCGCCAGCACUGACUGGACGCUCGUCGACCACAACGCCCUCCAGGGCGCUCUCGGCAAGCACUACACGGAAUCCGUUACAGGCUGUAUCGACCAUCACGUUGACGAGCAUUCAGUCCCGCCGACUGCCAACCCACGCAUCGUAACCAAAUCUGGCAGCUGCGCCAGUCUUGUGACCAACCAUGUCCGCUCAAUCUGGGAUGACCUGGGCUCCGCCUCCACCAGCAUCGGCGCCGCAAACGGUCAGUCUUCUGACGGCAUCCUGGACGAUACAGCCUACACUUCCACCUGGGAUGCUCAAGUCGCGAAGCUGGCGCUGGCCAGUAUUCUAAUUGACACUUUCGACCUCACCAGCGAGAACAAAGUCACCGAGCACGAUAUCUCCGCCGUGAGAUAUCUGGAGGCUAGGAUUAAUGCCUCGCCGAAGCUGGGCAAGGACUAUGACCGUAAGAAGUUCUUCGACGAAAUCAAUUCUGCCAAGUCGCACCUGGACGGCCUAUCACUGAAUGACAUCCUGCGUAAAGACUACAAACAAUGGUCCGAAGGCUCGCUGAAACUGGGUAUGAGCAGCGUGGUCAAGGAUGUCGCGUAUCUCCGUCAUCAAACUGAAGCGAACAAAGACUUCCCGCACGAGUUGAACACAUUUGCCACCGAGCGCAGUCUCGACCUUUUCGCCAUCAUGACAGCAUAUACUGGCGCUGAUGGGAAGUUUGCGAGACAGCUCCUGCUGAUCGUCACUGAAGAUGGAAAAGGGAAGGAGGCCGCCGAACGCUUUUCAGAGAAGUGUACAGCGGAGCUACAGUUGGCCAAUGAAGCACUGGAGAACGCAACUUCGACCUCAUUGCCGUUUGCGCGGCUUUGGAGGCAGGGGAAUCUGGCGGCAAGUCGGAAAAGAGUGGGACCGCUGUUGAGGGAGGCGAUGCGUGAAGCAUGAAGGAUAUGUGGCCAACUCGUCAAUCCGCCCUUCAGCCUGCAGAGUGGCAUUCGGUGCACUUCUGGUUAGUCAAUGCACCUCUACAUCCAACACAAAUGCCUACCCGAAAUCGCAUCGCCCUCCGGAUAAUUCCGGCUUCGAGCUCCGCCUGCGUUCUGCGAA